AUGGUAGAAAAGAAGGCCAAGACCUGGAGGAUGUGCGUGGACUAUCGGGACCUCAAUGCGGCUUGUCCAAAAGAUUGCUACCCAUUGCCACGAAUUGAUCAACUAGUGGAUGCUACGUCAGGAUGCGAACUUUUGUCGAUGAUGGAUGCUUACCAAGGGUACCAUCAGGUUAAGAUGCACAAGAACUAUGUUAUCAAAACAGCAUUCGCAGUCUACGCAGGGAACUUUGCAUAUUUGAGCAUGCCAUUCGGACUCAAAAAUGCGAGAGCAACGUAUCAAAGAAUGAUGGACAAAAUUUUCAAGGAUCAGUUAAAGGAGAACGUGUCGGUUUACGUAGACGACAUGCUAGUGCGCAGUGCUGAAGCGCGUACACAUGCGAAUGACCUGGAGGAAAUCUUCUCUGUAGUGCGAAGACACAAGCUCAUGCUUAAUCCGGCCAAAUGCACUUUUGGGGUCCAAUCAAGAAAAUUUCUGGGAUACAAAGUCACACCUGAAGGGAUAGAGGGAGCCGAGCUUAGAUAUACUGCAGCAGAAAAAACAGCCUACGCUAUCAUGAUUACUGCAAGAAAAUUGCGUCCUUACUUUCUAUCACAUAAGGUUAUCGUCAGAACGGCGCUGCCUUUUCAGCAAAUUUUGGGGAGACCAGACCUUGCAGGGAGAAUGGUAAAGUGGGCCAUCGAAUUGGGAGAAUAUGAUGUGAUGUUCGAACCUCGCACAACCAUUAAAGCACAAGCCUUGGCCGAUUUCAUUCAAGAAACUACAAGGUGGCCAUUGCGAGGACCAUGGACGGUGCAGGUCGAUGGCUCCGUCACCAAGGAGGGGUGUGGAGCCAGAAUAUACAUCGAAUCACCGGAAGAUGGAGCCUACCAGUUUGCGAUCAAAUUUGAGGACAAAUUAUCAAAUAAUGAGACAGAAUAUGAGGCAGUGAUAAGGGCCGCCCACAUCUUGAAGGAGCUCAGAGCAGACACAGCCUUCAUCAAGACCGAUUCUCAACUAGUAGCCCAGCAGUUGAGGGGUGAAUGCGAAGUCCGCGACGAUAGAAUGAGAGCUUACUAUGAUCAGAUGCAACAAAUCAAGAAAAAAUUUGAAGAAUUGGAAAUAGUACAAGUACCCCGAGAGGAAAACCGAAAAGCUGAUCUAUUGGCGAAGAUGGCCAGCGCCGUCGAGCAAUCAUGGAACGAUGAAAUUACACUCCUGUUUGAGCCAAAGAGGGGUUCAGAAGUCCAACCAGAAGAGGCAGAGUUCGUUGUAAAAGAGAUUCAUCAGGGUUGCUGCGGGAACCACGCGGGAUACAAAGACCUGACCAGGAAAAUCAUCAGAGCGGUGUUCUACUAG